AUUAUCCAAUCUUUCUUUUUUUGCAGUUUUUGAUAAGCUGGAAGAAGAGAGAAAUGUUGAAGCCAAUGCUUGCUUGUGGCAAGGUAUACAUUUCUGAAAGCCGAAAUAGGGUUGCUCUGGAGUCAAUUGAACAAGCGGCCAAAUUGUUUCCUGAAGCUGCUGUUGUAAACAAGUUUGAAGAUAAGACUUAUAACAGAGUUGGUUAUACAGUUGUCUCAAAAGUGACUCCCAAUUGUUCUCAAGAUUCAUGUCUCUUGAAAAGUGUGGUGUUUGCCAUUGUUAAGGCUGCUUUUGAAACUAUUGACCUUGAGUUGCAUUCUGGAACUCAUCCUCGGCUUGGAGUUGUUGACCAUAUAUGCUUUCAUCCAUUGGCUCAUGCUUCCUUGGACCAGGCAGCUGGAAUAGCAAAGUAUUUGGCAGUAGAUAUUGGUUCCCAUCUUCAAGUACCUACUUUUCUUUAUGGAGCUGCCAAUAGAGAAGGGAAAACGCUUGAUUUAAUCCGAAGAGUGCUUGGUUAUUUCAAACCUAAUGCCUGUGGAAACCAUUGGGUUGGGGGGCCUAAAGCAGAAUCAUUACCACUUAGGCCUGAUGAGGGUCCAGCUGAAGUGACUCCAGCAAAAGGAGUUGUUCUAAUUGGAGCAACCCAUUGGGUUGAUAAUUACAAUGUCCCAAUCUUCUCUGCAGAUGUUGCAACUGUUCGUAGCAUCGCUAAGCAUGUGAGUGGGAGAGGAGGUGGACUUCCUUCAGUACAAGCCAUGGCACUUGCACACGGUGAAGGUGUCACUGAGGUAGCCUGUAAUUUGUUGGAGCCAAGUAAAGUUGGAGGAGAUAGAGUUCAGCAAGAGGUUGAGAGGCUUGCGGAGGAAAAGGGAUUAGCUGUGGGUAAGGGCUAUUUCACUGAUCUUUCACAUGAGAAAAUAAUUGAAAGCUACAUGAAACUAGUUUCUUUGUAGAGAUUUGUUUCAAGAAUUUGCUUCCCUCCAUUUCAUGUUAAUUUAAUGACAAAUCUCAUAAAAAGUGCUGUCAGUAGAAUAUUGGUGAGGUACUCAAAUUUACACAAGAUGCCUGGUGCCUAUAGCUAGAACUAGUUAUGAAAAACCUUAUGUGCUCAAUCUUGCUUCAUUCUAUUGAACAUGCAUCAAACAUGGGUUGCCAUUUUGCAACUUUUUCUCUUUUCCUGUUUUCUCUCAAUAGCGAUUGUUAGUGUUGCCCUCUUCAUAUUUUUUUUCUUGCCAUCAUUUGUCGUUCAGCUCUUAGUCUUCUUGGUGAAAGAAAACUUUUGUCUUUAA